UACCAUCCUCUUAACUAGCCGGAUGGAUAAAUAGUAGAUAGUGAUCGGUCCGGUACAAUAAAAAACUAUCGAGAAGACGAGAUCGCUCGAGGAUCUCAUCUGGUCGCGAGGUCGUCGGUACCGGUCGACCGGAUCGAUCGUUGUGUGAUCGGCGAUUUUAGUGACCUAGUCCGGGCGAGUGAUCGUGUAUAUAUUUGGUCAAGCAUCGAGAACAUCACUCACCCAGUUACUUGUUCUUACCCUCUCAAAAUUUUAUUUGAGGUUCAUUUCAAGCUCAGUUUUGUUCAUUCAGAUUCUAGUGCAGAGUGUUGCCUCCAAAAGAAAGGUAGAUCGGUUUAAAGAAAGUGAAUCUUGAUUUUUCUUAAAGAGGAGAUUUGAGAAGUUUUUGUGCUACCAGAGUUGGAAGUAGAAUCGGAAAUCGUCCUGGCGUUAUGAUACGGUCUUUUUAAACACGGACUACGACCAUACACAUCGAUUUUACGAUGGCUUACGGAAGAAGUGUUUACCUGAUAAUUCUGACUCUGUCAGUGGCAUCCGCUUUUACCGUCUCUUUUACGGAACAUCCAAGAGGGAGAAAGCUGUUCGGCGGGUAUAGAAUAGUUCCGAAGGUGUGCCAACCAACAAAUCCCUCAAGAGUUAAGUCCGACGAACCAGCCAUAUGUAUGUUCAAUUACGAGUGCACUCGUCGGAACGGAGAAGUUGUUGGUGCCUGCAUGGAUGGUUUCCUUUUCGGUGCUUGUUGCCAAUUGCCUCUAAAGCAGACCGGAGUCAACAAUUUAGAGAAAGUUCAAGGUUCCGAUGAUUUGCUGAAUGUCUAUGAAAUAGACCACGUGCCUGAAAUUCCGAUUCUCCUCAACCCCGAUGGAACACCAGUGGGAACGUCGAGUACAUAUCAAACGUGGAGUCCAACAAAGUCAGGAUCAUCUUCAAAUUCUGGGGGAGGAACCUUCACUAAAAUUUCAACGAUUGGUCCACCCAACAGUCAAAAUAGUGGACCAUCUCAAAACACAAAGGACAGUAGUCAGAAUGCUGAGAAACCUCAAAUUAAUGGACAAGUUAACUAUGCCACCCUAGAAGACAAUUUCCCUAAUCUUCUUGGACAGCAAGAGGUUUUGGAUGAUCUUCAACUACCAGCCCUUUUGACUCAUUCAGAUUCCAAUAAUGAUAUUCAAGAGCAUCAGGAUUCUGCUCUGGUUAGUCCAGUGUCCACACUCCUCAAUCCAAAUCAAGUUCUCCAAAUUUCAGACCCAGUUGAUCAAUUACCUGGUUUAUUUUCUCAUGGUAUUGCAUCCAAUAACCAGAGUGGUCCAGAGACUAUUCUUUUAAAUGAAAACGGUUCGACUCUUAAUGAAACUUACAAUCCUGAUGAAAUUUUUAAACCCACGACUGUUUUCGUGAGUGCAACAAAACAAAAGUUAGAUCAACAAACGUCUGUUUCUGGUUAUAAUAUUUCUGCUAGUUCUCCUUACAAGGGUUCAUCCAAUGUGAUAGCUUCAUCGACAACAAAGAAAAUGACAACGAAGUUACCUGUUUUUACUCAAAAAUAUGCUUAUUCUGAAAAAUCAAGUUCCGCGACACAGAGUUUGAAAUCUACGAAUGCUUUUAGUGAAUCUAAGAGGCCUUUUGGAGAUAAAAAUACGGGAAGUCCAACUACAGGAGUUGCGGAUGGAAAAGUCACUGCCUCAAAAGUAAUGUCUACUUUUGAAACAACAACUCCUAUGAAUCCAAGUAGUAAUGGUUACCAGGAUGGACUUAUAAGAGUGCCGACGAUUACUUAUGAUGCUGGAAAUAAAAAAAACGAUGAGCUUGAUCGUGAAGAGAUUGCAAUAAACCAUAUUAUUUCGAUUUUGAAUGGUACUACUCCCAGCUCGGAAACUAAGUACACUGCACAAGGUGAAAAUACAGCUUCCUCAAUACAAACCUGGGUCAGCAUUGACGAGACAGCAAAGCCUUCUCUCUCAAGACUAGGUUCCACGAGACCUUCUUCCUCUAUGACGACAGAAUCAUUUCCUUAUACAUAUUUCAAACCUGGUCAAUCAUCAAAUUAUUAUUACGAAGUUGCCACCGAAUCACCUGGAACCACCAGCUACAUAUCCUCAUCUUCUGGAGGAUCUUCGACUUAUAUAUCUUCCAGACUCCCUUCUUAUACAUCUGGUACAUUCCAGGGUAGUAGUUUAUCAACAAGACCUACAACAAAUCCACCAGCUCCAACUGUAAUCGUUUUAGGUCCUUUAGGCACCGAGUACACCACUAUCACAAGCGAAAAACCUUCUUCAAGACGACCUGUCACAACUCCGAAACCUACUGUUAAAAACAGUGUUGGGACGAAGAAGCCUGCCGGCUCAACAACUAUUACUCACAACAUAAGUACAGUCAUAUCUGGAGCAACAAACAAUAAACAUGUUGUAUCUACAAGUUAUUUUAGCGUUAAUCUAAAAGAUGGAACAACGAGUGUAAAACCAACUACAAUCAACGACUCUGGAUUGAUUACUGAGAAUACUGUUGCUGAGCAUUCUUCGACAUAUUACUCACCAAGCACCAGAAAACCUGCAACUGUUUGGACCACAUUUUCAACCUGGACGAAUAACAAACCCAGUUUCCACUUGAAACCUUCUAGUCCAAAUUAUAAUUUAACUGAAAAUUUCAAGCCUACUGAAAAGGAUACGAAUCCAACAAUAGUUACAUCGACUACCCCACUUUAUGAAGAUGAGACAGCAGCACCAGAUGAUUCCAUCAUCUUCCCUCCUGUUAGACAUCCUGAAUUAAAUAUUUCGAACGCUGUUGUUCAGCAGGAAAAACCAACGAUUGUUAUUAAAGGAAAUGAGUCAGAUUAUACAGAAAACUUCAUUGUAGGUGAUAUCCCAACACCCUCAUUCAUCGAGGAUGAUGUGUUAAAGAAUAAAGUAGACUCUUUUGUCAAUAAAAUCGUCGACUCGUUGCAGGGUAAUUUUGAAGAUUUAAAGGAUGUUGUUUAUACUAAGAAGAACGCUACUAUUCCUGGUCCUACGAAGGCACCUGUGCCGAAUAAAAAACCAGUUAGUAGUCCUACGAAGAAACCAAAACCAACUCAAGGGAGUACGAAAAAACCAGUCACUGUUAAGAAACCAACACCAAGUCGACCUGAUAAUCUUACACCGGGCAAACCGACUAAUCAGAAACCAAAACCAAGUUCUGGACAAACUGUUACUACGAAAAAACCUGCUGUUGUCCAGAAACGACCCAAACCAACAAAAAAAGUUUCUAUAGUGACAAGCACUGAAGCAGUUAUUGUUGAGCAAGAAGUAACUUCUGAAGUUGUAGAAAUUACUACCAAGACUCCGGACGUAAUUCCAACAUCCGAUUUUCGGAAAGCUUGUGGACUGAGACCCCAAGUAAAAAAAGGAAGAAUCGUAGGAGGAAAAGGAGCAAUCUUUGGUGAAUGGCCCUGGCAAGUUUUAGUUCGGGAAGCAACCUGGCUUGGACUUUUCACCAAAAAUAAAUGUGGUGGGGUCCUCAUAACAGAUAAAUACGUCAUUACAGCUGCUCAUUGUCAACCAGGGUUCCUGGCAUCUCUGGUAGCGGUAUUUGGCGAACACGACAUUUCCGGUGAACUGGAACCAAAACGCAGUGUAACGAGGAAUGUUCGUCGGGUUAUCGUAAAUAGAGGAUACGAUCCAGCGACCUUCGAAAACGACCUUGCAUUGCUAGAACUGGAAACGCCAAUACAAUUCGAUUCCCACAUCGUCCCAAUUUGCAUGCCUGAUGAUGGUGCAGACUUCAUUGGACAACUGGCAACUGUGACCGGAUGGGGUCGACUCAAAUAUAAUGGUGGAGUUCCUUCAGUACUGCAGGAAGUGCAUGUACCAAUAAUGGAAAAUUCAGUAUGUCAAGAGAUGUUCCAAACGGCUGGUCACUCCAAGUUGAUCCUGGAUAGUUUUCUGUGUGCCGGUUACGCGAAUGGACAGAAGGACUCAUGCGAGGGCGACAGUGGAGGACCAUUGACGAUUCAGCGUGCUGAUGGCAGAUGGACUUUGGUUGGCACGGUAUCCCAUGGAAUAAAAUGUGCAGCACCAUACCUUCCAGGUGUCUACAUGAGAACCACCUACUUCAAACCGUGGUUGCACACUAUCGCCGGUGUCUGAAGCGUGAAACUGCUUAAAAAGUCAACGGC